AUGGAAGAUGUGGAGAAGCUUCUGCUUCAGUGGGUCACAGAGAGGCAGGCAAGGGGUGAAAAAGUAUCCGAGCCAAUCAUUUGUGAGCGUGCAAGGCAGCUGUACAGCGACCUGACUCGCCACAGCCCUGGAGACAGCACAGAUGACUUCAAGGCGAGCAGGGGCUGGUUUGAAAACUUCAAAAAGAGAAGCGGGAUCCACUACGUGGUCAGAAAGAGGCAAACUCUUCGCGCAGAUAAAGAAGGUGCCAAGAAAUUUGUUGAGGAAUUUCAGUCAUUUGUCGGGUGUGAAGGCUUUCUACCCCAGCAAGUGUUCAACUGUGAUGAGACAGGACUCUUUUGGAAGAAAAUGCCCAAGAGGACUUACAUCACACGGGAAGAGAAGAGCCUCAGAGGACACAAGCCCAUGAAAGACAGGCUGACUUUGCUGCUCUGUGCUAAUGCUACCGGGGACUGCAAAGUCAAACCUCUCCUUGUGUACCACUCGGAAACACCGAGAGCCUUUAAAAAGAACAAUGUGCAGAAAAACAAACUAAGCGUAAUGUGGAGGGCCAAUCCCAAAGCGCUUGUCUCUCGACAGUUCUUCAGCGAGUGGUUCAAGGAAGUGUUUGCUCCUAGCGUGGCGGAAUACCUGACAGAGAAGAAUCUUCCACUCAAGGCCCUUCUUGUCCUGGAUGCUGCGCUGGUUCAUCCGAUGGGGUUGGGAGAAGACUGGCGAAGCGACCACGACUUCAUCACGGUGAAGUUUUUGCCACCGAACACCACAGCUCUGCUCCAGCCCAUGGACCAGCAGCUCAUCUCCAACUUCAAGAAGCUCUACACCAAGGCACUUUUCCAACGAUGCUUUGAAGUGACCAUGGAGACCAACCUUACUUUGAGAGAGUUUUGGAAGGACCACUUCAACAUCCUCCACUGCUUGACCAUCCUGGAGAAAGCCUGGGAGCAAGUCACCAGGAGGACGGUGCAGUUGUCCUGGAGGAAGCUUUGGCCAGCCUCCAUGGUGCCCAGGUUCUUUGAAGGCUUUGAGCCGGAUCCCGCUCUGGAAACUGACGUGGUGGACGAGAUUGUGUCACUGGGCAAGUUCAUGGGCCUGGAGGUCGACAGCGACGACGUGGAGGAGCUGGUAGAAGAGCACACCCUGGUGCUUUCCAACAACCACAUCCAGGACAUUCAACAGCAAGGGGUUCCCAGGGACGUAUCUUCCGAGGAGGAAGACGCAAGCUGGAACGACAACAUUCCCACAGCGGAAAUCAAGGAGCUGCUGGGCUACUGGGCCAAGACGCAGAGUCUAGUGGCCAAGUGGCACCCGAGCGUCGCCGUGGUGAAGAGGAACAUCGCCCUGUUCGACGGCAACGUGGUGGAGCACUUCCGAGCCAUUCUGAAAAGUCGCAAGAGGCAAGCGGGUUUGGACAGCAUCUUCUGCAAGGAAGAAUCCAAUUAUGGGAGCGGCAGCAGUGUUAGUGAGCUUCAAGCUUCGAUUAGCGGAGUAAAGAGAAGAAGGAAGGUCUGUCCGCUGGAAGGCGACUUGGCUCAAGCCUUUACGGAAGAGGACGCACCUUCCAUGGAGUGA